AUGACUAGUGUCGGUCACACAAUGCGAGCAGAACGAUCGUGGAAGAUCCGUUCCUUGUCAUUCCGAAGAUUCAAUCGCGUGGCUGUCUGCUUGUUGUUCUAUAUGUGGUGGAUGAUGUGUGGAGUAGCGAGCAGCGGAGGGUUAUCUGCUCCUAUAACGAUGGCCAUGUAUGACUGGACAAAUGAAGAGGCGGUUCUCUAUAACGGCAUCAUUCAAACGAUCUCGUGUGCAGUAUCAACUUUCAGCUACUUCAUCAUUGGGUCAACUCGAGUAGGACUUUUGGAUCGUCGGAUACACCUUUUCUUAGGUUUGGCAGGGUUUACUUUCUACCAUUUGUGUCAUUAUCCGAUGCCAUUCUAUGACGGCCCGCUACACCAAGAAGUAUACGGUCAGAAUUUUUCGUGCGGAUUUGUUCGGUUUGAGGUGGGAUUACUGAAUAUUUGCUGUUAA